UUUAUUAUCAAUGGAAUCAAAGUAGAACUAGGGCCGGCCUCAUCUUAUAUAUGUAUCUCGCUCCCUUUAUUGUGCACUCCGUUGGUAAGAACUGGUUCUUCUGUGGGCAGACUGGCAUCUUGGCAUGUCAAGGCUGUGCUCUUCGCAUAUGCGCAUUCAAGCAUAUGCAUUAUGGAAAGGAAGGGUAUAUCAGGGUGUCAUUAUUGUGUCCCCUGAUUUGAUCCUCUAUGGUACCAUCAAUGCCCUGUUAGUUGGCAUGUUGAGGUUAAUAAUCGUGAAACAAGUCUUUAUCAACAUCUACUUCCAUAUUGUCAGCCUGCUUAACAAGAUGGCCAGACAAAUAAGCUCCAAUCCAACAAGGGAGACCGGUUACAAAUAUCUGGUAUUUAAUUUUAUAUUUAAUUUUUUGGUGUUUUUGGAUGUCUGCCAAGCCAUUUCGCGAUCAUUUCACAUUGUGCUCAAAGCCGCUGGUAUAUCGACAAAAAUUUUAAUCUCGGCCAGCUUUCCCCUUAGUCACCCACGCGCCAAAAAAAAAAGACGAGUCUUUCUCCCCUGGCAAAGUGAUCAAGAUAAAUACUGGCGCAUUUCAAACAGUUAUACCUGAAUCACAGCUUAAAUUAGCUCGAACCGAUCGCCGGGUUUUGCCUAACUGCGCCGAUUAACAAGUAUGUGGGUAAAUAUCACGUGCAUUAACCUAGCAGUAAC